UCCUCUAAUCUCUCCUAUAAAAAGCACUCUCUCCCACUCUUAUUUGCAUUGCAACCUUAACUUCACAUUCACACUAUAAGGUAGUAUUCAUUGCUUGCUAAGAGAUGGAGAGUGUUAAAACCAAUUCCAAAUACUCAUCCAUCUUAAUAGCUAUUUUUGUUCUCUCAUCUUUUGCAUUGGCUUUAGCAAAUCCCAAAACUCACGAGCAUGAGUUUGUUGUUGAAGCAACUCCAGUGAAGAGGCUGUGCAAAACACACAACACCAUAACUGUGAAUGGGCAAUACCCUGGUCCAACCCUAGAAAUCAACAAUGGAGACACUUUGGUUGUAAAAGUCACUAACAAAGCUCGUUACAAUGUCACCAUUCAUUGGCAUGGUGUUCGACAAAUGAGGACAGGAUGGGCAGAUGGUCCUGAAUUUGUGACUCAAUGUCCCAUUCGUCCUGGAGGGAGUUACACCUACCGUUUCACUGUUAAUGGACAAGAAGGGACACUUUGGUGGCAUGCUCAUAGCUCAUGGUUAAGGGCCACUGUUUAUGGUGCUUUAAUCAUUCGUCCUAGGGAAGGAGAGCCCUACCCUUUUCCUAAGCCUAACCACGAGACAUCCAUUCUUUUAGGGGAAUGGUGGGAUGGAAAUCCCAUAGAUGUUGUGAGGCAGGCUCAAAGAACUGGAGCAGCACCAAAUAUAUCUGAUGCAUACACUAUCAAUGGUCAACCUGGUGACCUUUACAAGUGCUCUACCAAAGGCACAACAAUUAUUCCAAUACAUUCCGGAGAAACAAACCUCGUCAGAGUGAUCAAUGCGGCACUCAACCAACCACUUUUCUUCACAAUUGCCAACCACAAACUAACCGUGGUUGGCGCAGAUGCCUCUUACGUUAAACCCUUCACCACCAACAUCCUCAUGUUAGGACCCGGCCAAACCACCGAUGUCUUAAUACACGCAAACCAACCACCUUCCAAAUACUACAUAGCUGCACGCGCCUAUCAAUCCGCCCAAAAUGCACCGUUCGAUAACACCACAACCACAGCCAUUCUCCAAUACCACAAUUCAAUCAAAACAAAACCAAUCAUGCCACCACUCCCUUCUUACAAUAACACCAACAUAGUUACUAAAUUUAGUAGAAGCUUUUUUAGUCUGAGAAAAGCUGAAGUCCCGACGGAAAUUGAUGAAAAUCUCUUCUUCACAAUUGGUCUAGGACUCAACAAUUGCCCGAAAAAUUUCAGAAAAAGAAGGUGUCAAGGUCCUAUUAACGGAACACGCUUCACUGCGAGCAUGAACAAUGUCUCUUUUACUCUUCCAAACAAUAUUUCCAUUUUGCAGGCUCAUUACCAUGGAAUCCCUGGAGUUUUUACCACUGAUUUUCCAGCAAAACCACCCGUUAAAUUCGAUUACACCGGCAACGUGAGCCGUUCCCUCUGGCAACCUGUUCCCGGGACUAAAGCUUACAAGUUGAAGUUUGGAUCAAGGGUGCAAAUUGUGUUGCAAGAUACCAGUAUUGUUACUCCUGAGAAUCACCCAAUUCACCUUCAUGGGUAUGAUUUUUACAUUGUUGCUGAAGGGUUUGGUAAUUUUGAUGCUAAGAAAGAUACUUCAAAAUUCAACCUUGUUGAUCCACCUAUGAGAAAUACAGUUGCUGUACCUGUCAACGGUUGGGCAGUUAUCCGGUUUGUUGCGGAUAACCCAGGUGCUUGGAUUCUGCAUUGUCACUUGGAUGUUCAUAUUGGUUGGGGUUUGGCUACUAUACUAUUGGUAGAGGAUGGAGUUGGGAAAUUGCAAUCAAUACAAUCACCUCCACAGGACCUGCCUAUCUGUUAGGAUAAUUAAAAAUUUCAUGAAUUUAUCAAGCAUAGUAAUAAGGGUCUUAAUUUUUAUUUAGUUGGAAGUUGAUUUUUGCCUUCCUGAAUUUGGGAAGCUUUUAUGUUUGAUGAAUUUUUCUUGUUUUUAUUUCCUUUCUAUUUAGAGAUUAAUCGGGUUUAGAAAUAAGGAUGUUUCUGUUACAAGCUAAGAUACCAUCUUAAUAGUCACAAGCCCGAGUAGAUCAAUUGAUGUUAUAUAAAUUUUUCCUAUAGUUUAUGUUACAAAUAUAUUGGAAGUUUUUAAUACA